AUGGCCCGGUUCGCCUUUCUACUGCUGGCCUCGGCCAUCUCCCUUACCACAACAGCAUCCAGCCUCAAGCGCGAUACUCUCAAGCCCUUUCAAAAUGGCCGCUUCGCUCCUUCGAAUAAUGCAUCCACCUCGCUAGCAUACGACAACAAUCUUCUCCCGCGGUACUACGAUUGCUUACCAGGUGCCCAUUUGUGCUCCGCCGGCCAGUGCUGCGACUUCACCUGCUGCUUAGAUGGAUCCUGCUGUCCGGCCGCUCAGCUUUGCUACAACGACGUGAAGCCGUCCAAGGGACCGACGUAUUGUUGCGAAGUGUACACCGAGAAGGAAUGCGAUACGAGAUGUGUACCGAUGGAGUCGGAGUGUUGCGGUGAUGGGUUCUAUUGCGAGUAUGGCUAUGCGUGUACUUCAGGCGGAUGUUGUAAAUGGGGUCAUACAUGCAGUGGAAGCUACGACGAUGUUGGGGGUGGUGGCGGUUCUGGAGACCACGAUUCAACGACCUCGUCUACGUCUACGGGGGGAAAGGUGUCUACUACCUCGGAAUACACCGCUCACACAGAGGAGCACACAACGACAUCAUAUUCCGAUACAGAGUCAACGACAGCUUAUUCCACGGCGAAAUCCGAGAGCAGCACUCGAACGAGGUCAACGGAUUCUGAUUACGCGACGGACACUACUGAGACGGAUUCAUCAUCCGCAACCUCAACAUCAACCUCAUCUCGCAAGACGACGACAAGUUUUCCCACAUUGUCAAUUUUUACCCCAACCGGGACUUUUGUUCCGGUGCCAGUACCUACCGGUCCAGUAUCUCUCUCGGGAGCAAGCAAGAAUAGCUUCUCGAGCCUCAAUACAGGAUUGUUGGUGGUCGUGGCUGCAGCUGGUUGGUAUUUUGCGCUGUGA